AUGAUGGGAGGAGUGUGAGUGGCUCUCGAUAAUGUGAUACAGGGAAUGGUCAAGCCUUAUCUGCUCCGCUGUCAAUGUUGGUGGCCAAAGUAGGGACCUUUUCUAAGUCCUUUUUGCCGGUGUGCAUGUUUGGUCUGAGCAGACGACACGACCAAUCUGUCCACUUCGCACAUCUUUCUACAAGAUCACAUAUCUUUAUUAAUUUGUCGAUGCAGACCCACAUAUUCCCGGCCCCAGUGAGCGAGAAAACCCUCGGGGAAUCCGGGGUAAUAUAUGAAAACAACGGACAAACUGAAAUGUGAGCAAUACCCACUUGCCACGGAGGUAUUUUUUAAACGGGCAAAAUAUCCAUCAAUUCUACAGGAGCUGUAAGCUUUAAAUUGACCGAGAAUCCGCGUGACAACAUUGAACAAGCUCACAGUACUUUGUGAAUGUCGUUCAGCGCCGGAAAUAUGGGGUAAAAGCUAAAGUUAUAAAAUAGUUGGUAUACGACAGAAGGAUGGAAUAUGACGAGAGUUUGGAACACAGCUUAAAAACUGAUAAUAAUGAACUUCUGGAAAAAAAUGCGGCAGCGUGUAUAUCUGAAUUUUGCUGCAGACAUAUGUUUGAAAAGGUCAACUCGCCGAAUUACCGCAAAUAUAUGAGAAUUAUCCUUCACUUUAUUAUUAGGUUUCCAUUGCUACGGUUUUCAUACAGUGGAUUGAGAUAUUUUUAUGAAGGAGCGUUUUACGAUGAAUGAUAAGCACAAGGUUUUUUGUUCUAUUCUUGAAGCAAAAAUCACAUGUGAUAAACUUGUAAGCGAAUUAAGGCCUAUAUGACUUGAGAGAUUGAGGAUUUUGCUCUAAAGUGCUGGGAAGGAUAGGAUUUGGUCAUAAAUGAGGCUAGAACUUAAGCAAUUAAAUCUUAAUAAACAUCGCAUUAUACUGUUGGUCUUGAGUAUUGGUUCCCUGCUUCCUUAGGACCUUGACUUAUAUCAAUUGAUUCUUGAAAGCAUCCGGAGUUUGCAAUGUAUGCGUUUGAAUUGAGUUGCACCAUCUUCAUCUUAAAAAAUGAUCUAUCAGAAAUUGUGAAGGAGUUCUUUGCAGCUUGGGUUACGUGGAGUAGUGUUUCGUGAUACUUCAAGCAAGCAUGGAUCUUAGAAGGUCAGAGAAAUACUCAAGCAAUUUUACUGUUGAGUAGAGAAAUGAAAAUAGGAACCAAGGCAAGGAGCUUUACAAAAAUUAUAUUUUACAAGUAUACAAUGGGUUCAGAAACCAAGCAGUUCUCCAGAGACUUAAUAGGACAAUCUUUCAGUGAAGAAAGUGGUAGAGCUUCACAAACUGUCGUAUCGAUGGAUUCUGCAUCACAGCAAUCUGGUAUGACUGAACUAGAAGCAGAGCUUGAAGCAGAAUUGGAGCGUAUGCAAUACAACUUAUUUGUCGAAAGUUCUUCUGACACAGCAAUUUCAGAUGGUGAGGAGACAUUUCAUUUCUUGACACAGAUGAUUGAUGAAGAUACUACAAUAGAUAUUGUGUAUGGGGAUUUAAAUGUUAGUGGCAUUCCUGGCAAGACAGACGACAAUGUUGAAAGAGAGGUUCCUUUUCCAAAUUAUGCUGUUUCACCAAUUGAAUUGGAGAGGCGCCUGCAUGAACUUUUGGAGAGUAGACAAAAAGAGCAGAUAGAAGAGCUGAAGGUUAAACUGAAAAGUGCAGAAGAAAAACUUCUUGCAAAAGAAAUGGAACUCUCUUGGUGGAAGAAGCAUGCUCAUCAACUUUCAAAGACAUCUGUCGCACUUAACAAUAUGCCAGGGAAUAAGUCCAAUGCUUCUAUCACUAGCGAUGGGGAUCCAAUGAAAAAUUUAUAUGGUUCCAUGUCUUUCCAAGAAAAUGGAGUUCAGGAAAUAAGCAUUGUAUGUGACGCAGAUUCUUUGAGUUCAAGCAUCAAUCAUGCUGACAACUUUAUAGACAUGAAAUGUAGCCGUCAAGGAUUUGUGGAUGUGGAAAAAUGUGAUAGAAAAACUUUUUUUAACAAAGAUUGCAAGCCAGUCAAUAAUUUCGAAAGCACUGGAGAAAUUUGGCAUGCUAAUUGGGAUCUUGAGCUCAGUCAAUCUCCCACAUGUAGCAAGACACAUCAAUUGCAGCCUGCUCACUAUAGUAAUGUCUUUGAAGAAGGUAAACCGUCUGAAAGAAAGGAGAGUCCUUCAUUACUCACAAGGAGAAAGGUUGGCUUCUUGAAUGAGAUUAAAACAGAAUCCUCAGCAUGGCAUCCUGAAUCAAGUAAGGGUAAUAAUGUUUCUCAUCAUAGUAGAAGACUUCCUUCUCAUCCUUGUUUCAGCACACCCAUUGGAAGCUGCAAAGAAAACAGAAAAACUCUUAAAAGAAAUUCCAAAAUUCUGCAGAUUAUGUCACACAAUGAAAUAUGUGAGGUCCCUGUAGCUAAUGAGGUGCCCUUGUCUCCGGUUCUGAGUAAGAUACAACAGUGGGAAGCUCUAUCAAGAGGUGAAUCUUGUGUACUACCAUCUUUUAAUUUGGAUGACGAAAGCAUUGCAACCAAUAACGAUCAUGCUAUGCUUUCUGUGAAAAAAAAUGGACAGAGACAGAACCAUCAUUUAGAAACAAGCAAUCCCAAUUACUUCAAAGAAAAGGCACUGGAUCAUGCUAAUAAGAGUAGCAGUAGUAAUCCACAUGAUAGUCUCAAUUGCUUUAAAGGAAAGUCACUAGAUCAUGCUAAUAAGAGAAGUGAUAGUCCACAUGUUAAUACCAAUUUUUUUAAGGGAAUGUCACUGGAUAAUGUCAAUGAGCGGAGUCAUAAUGUUCGACUAAGUCUUGUGUGUAAUAAACCUGAGACUUUUAUGGUGGUUUGAACACUGCUUCUAGAAACAAGAAUGUAAAGAGUUAGACUAUACAUUACAAUGUACUUGAACGGAAUUACUUUUUCUAAAUUUUGGGGACUGUUCAAGGGAUUGAAAUGUUGGUGAAUCAUCGGCUAAAAAUGAAAUUAAUGAAGAAGGAAACUAUGAUCGUGUAGGACGUUUUGAAUCUGAUUAUAAAAACUCGUUGAACAUAAAAUUUAUUCAACUGGUUAUGUUUUGCACAGAAGGCAUAUGCAGAUUAGGUGGGCUGUAAAUUGUGGUACCUUCUGGCACGAAACAUGAUGUAUCAUAAAUCCAUAACUAGAAGCAGUUUGGAGUCUGUUCUUUUGAGAAAGUAAAAUGAUGUUUCUUCCCACUCUAUGCCCAGUGCUGAAGUGCAUAUGGUAUUGCAAAUGAACUGGUAAGAGUUUGUGUAGCUUUCAGUAGUUUCAAGUUUCUGUGCCUCAUGUGCUUGUAGCUUGCAUAUGGCCCAGUAUUUUAAAGGUUAUCAAAAUUUCAGCUUGAUUGUACAUCAAUGCAUGCAACUUCGCAUUA